AUGGCCGUUGUUAUUGGCUGCACUUCGUCCCGUGAUGUCUGGACCUCUCUGACUCGUACUUAUAGUCAUGCCUCGAAGGCUCGAGAACUUAGCCUGAAGGACGAUCUUCUCUCAGUCAAGCGUGGGGAUCUUUCCGUUUCUGAAUAUGGACAGCGUUUCAAUACGAUUUGUGACAAACUUGCUGCCAUCGGUCGGUCUAUUGAUUCGACUGACAAAUCUCACUGGUUCCUGCGAGGUUUGGGGCCUAUUUUUUCGACGUUGACGGUCGCGCAACUUGCUCAGGAGCUUCUUCCUGACUUCGACACACUUCUUGCCCGCGCCGAAAGUUACCAACUCUUCCAACGUUCAUCUGACAUCUCGCCAUCGUCCUCUUCGGUUGCCUUUUAUGUUGAUCCUAAGGGUCGUCCUUUGACCUCGUCUUAG